UCAGAUUGGUGUCACUCCAAAAGCAAGCCCAACAACACCUACCAACAUGAGUUUCCCUUCCCCAAUCAGUGUAGGAAGUUCAUCAUUUGUUUCAGCCAGGAUUCUAAAUAAUCUUCCAGCAAGUUCUGCAAAAACAUCUUUAAGUGAAAAAUAAAUGGUGGAAAUUGCUAAGUCAACAACUGAUAAUGGGAAGAAAGUUACUGAGGAGGAUGAUAAGGUGAAGCAGAUUGAGAAGGUGGAUGCAGGAUUCAGUGAAGCAGGUAGAAAGAACGAAGAGAAGACGCCUUUUGAAGCCCAGCAUGCAGAAUCUAGCAAGGAGAAGGAAGAAAAGGACUUGUGAAGAGGUGAUUGAGCGUGAGGAGGAUGUGUGCGAUGAGGAUUGUGGUGGCACGAAAAUAGGAAUAGGGUAUUCAGGCGACAGUUAUACUACUGUUAACUGGUUCGCCUGGAACUGUGAGAAAUCAAACAAAACUUUAAAAUGUGUUGACUUAAAAUCUGCUUUUUGUGAUGAAAAAGUUGUGUGUGAACCUCCCAUGUUUGUUCCAGAAUUGAAACAAAACAGAUUCGGAAAAUUCCUUACCGAGGAAAUUCCAGAAUUUGUUCCAUCUCAUACAGGUAUGUCAGAGUCUGAUAAGGAGCCAAAUGAAGAAAGCAGCAGUGAAGACUCAAGCACCACAACUUCAGAAGGUGGCGAAGGAAGCUCAAGUAAGGAUCGUGAUUCGGAUUUUCAAUCAUAUCAAGAAUGGGAAAGCUCAAAUGACUCAGAAACUUCAGUAAAAGAUGCUGAUAAAAAGGUUGAAAACCUUGAACCAUCGGGUGUUCAAGAACCAACGACCCCAAAUGACUCUACAAGUCUUGAAAAUCAAGAUCCAUUGGAAAAAGACUUCCACAUUGAUGAUUGCACGAGUUCAGAUGAUGAAUCAAAGACAAAUGAGAAUCUUGGGGAGACAAAGAUUAAAAGAUCAUCUGAAGUUGUCAAACAUCACGUUUGUGAACAUGCUGAGUCAAGCUCAAAGCAAUCCCCACCCCUAGUUGCAUCACACGGAACUUCAAAGUCUCAAAAGCCAUUCAAGGCUUGUUUUAGGUGUGGAAAAGAAGGUCAUGUGCUCAAACAAUGCCCAGAACGACGCGAUCCAGACGGUAAAGACAACCAAUAUUACUUCUCUGGAUCAAAAGGUAAAAAUCACACAUCUUUGAAAGAUCGGAUGAAAAACUUUCAAUCCAAAUCUCCACAUGUGAAGCCGGUUUCACAUGAUUCAAAGAAGAAAAGGACCAACACAUCAAAACCUCAAUCUUUCCCUCCGGAUCUUAAACAAAAGAUUGUUUCAAACUUUAAAUCUUUUACAAACAAAAUUUUUAAACCAACACAAGUUUGGCGAGUCAAACAAGUGGUUGUAAAAGAAAUCAAUGAGGGAAAAGAUUUGGCAUAUCGGGAGGUUUAUUAUUUUGAUGAAAGGGGACAACCCAAGACUACGAUGGCUUGGGUUCCACUCUCUGACUGA